AUGGGUAUAAUUUAUUAACUGCUUUUGAGCUCUGCCUUUAAUUUACUACUUUAUUGUUUUCCAAUUAGCAUUCGAGAAUGUAAAAUCUGUAUCAUCUUUUAAGAAGCACAAAAUUUAAGAUCCGACAGUAGUAAAACAAUGAAGGAGUUUUGCACAAAAAAAAUUGAAGUUCAAAUCAAUUUAGACCAUUCCUUAUCUUACAAGAAUUUCUAAAAGUGUUGGCUAAGCCGGGCAUAUGACUGUCCCUAGAAGACCAGUAAUAUCAUCGGGUUAAUGGAUAGGCUUACUCCAUACACGCAAAACCUAAAUUCCCGGCGAGGUUAGGCUUUACUAUAUAGUUAUUAUCUAUUAGUGUAUUAUUCUAGGGGCCAUUAGAAAAAUACAAAUUUGAAGAUAGGCUUUGGCAUUGGCGAAUAGACAGGGAAUGUAAUUGUGGUUUGCCCUAAUACACAAAAAUUAGUAUAAUUGUAAUAGAUGAAAAUAUUAUCAAUGUUCAUGCUUCUAUUCAAUUUAUUAAAAAGAAAAAUAUUAAAAUAAUUUUAUCCUAAAACUACAGAAUUGUAUUUUUGUUAUUUAUAUAAUAUCAGAAGAGAAUUGUAGCAUUUUAUAAAAAAUUAACAGUUGAGAUCAUAAAACAAAUAUAAAGUCCCAAUAUAUAUCUAUAUUUCAAAAAAUUAAAUCACCCAUUGA